CGGCCCGCGCUCCCCGCGCGUCUCCCGGAACAGCCCGAGCGCAGCGGUCCGGCGCGGCGGCCUCCGCACCUCCGGAGCCGCUGAGCGCCCGCCCGCUCGCCCGCGCGCGCGGCCGCGUCACCGCCCCGCCCCGGCGGCCCCGCCCCUCCCGGCCGCGAGCUCGCGGGUCAGACCGGCUCGGGUCCCCGCCGUCUUCCCGGGCUCCUCUGCGGGCCGCCGAGCCGGGCUGCAGCGCGCAGAGGGUCCCGGUGGCCACCGAGUCGCCGGCCGGGACGUGGGACGGCCUGUCGGGAGAGCGCCGUCCUGUGUGCCACCUGGAGCAGAUUGCACGGGCUCGGGGACGCGGCGGCAGGAGGAGGCCAGAUCCCAUGGCUGGAAGUUAUAGUGUGAUGGAUGAUGACGGCUCUAUUGAUUACACAGUCCAUGAAGCCUGGAACGAAGCCACCAAUGUUUACUUGAUAGUGAUCCUUGUUAGCUUUGGUCUCUUCAUGUAUGCCAAGAGGAAUAAGAGGAAAAUUAUGAGAAUAUUUAGUGUGCCACCUCUGGAAGAAACAUUGUCAGAGCCCAGUUUUUAUGACACAAUGAGCAAAAUUCGCUUAAGACAACAAGUGGAAAUGCAUUCCAUUUCAAGAAAGUAUGAAUAUCAACAGCCACAAAGCCAAGCUGACAGUGUGCAGCUCUCAUUGGAAUGAAAUAUCAGAAUGAGCAACGGAAGUGAUUGUGAAGCAGUAUGGAACCUGUUCCUUGUCCCCUCUGCUAAAUCAUGAACGGCAUUUUACAAACUUGCCAGAUAAAGUCAUCUUACCUGUG